AUGAUCAUCAGAAACGACGCCCGGUACGGUUCGGGUCGGGUCGGCACAAUAUUGUGAAAGGGGUUAUUAGAGACUAACUCCCUCCUGAAGGACCAAACCAAACCCAAACAACAGGCAGAUCCAUAAGGACACAAUAUGAUGAGAGAAUAUGGAAGCUGUUCUGAUGGUGCCAGAGGAGAUCAUUGUUACCUGACAAACAAGGCUAAGAUAAGAAAUACAUCACAACAAGAAAAUUACUCACUGAAUCUCAGACCCUAGGCACUUGUGUGGAUCUGAGACAAUUAUUAUUUGAAUAGUUGUGGUAACUCAUUGUAACCCUGCUGGCCAGGUGUGUUGUAGCCAUAGUUAACCAGACUCUAACCCCCUCCCUCUACCAGACUCCAACCCCCUCCCUCUACCAACUCCACCCUCCCUCUACCAGACUCCAACCCCCCUCCCUCUACCAGACUCCAACCCCCUCCCUCUACCAGACUCCAACCCCCUCCCUCUACCAGACUCCAACCCCCCUCCCUCUACCAGACUCCAACCCCCUCCCUCUACCAGACUCCAACCCCCUCCCUCUACCAGACUCCAACCCCCUCCCUCUACCAGACUCCAACCCCCUCCCUCUACCAGACUCCAACCCCCUCCCUCUACCAGACUCAACCCCCUCCCUCUACCAGACUCCAACCCCCUCCCUCUACCAGACUCCAACCCCCUCCCUCUACCAGACUCCAACCCCCUCCCUCUACCAGACUCCAACCCCCCUCCCUCUACCAGACUCCAACCCCCUCCCUCUACCAGACUCCAACCCCCUCCCUCUACCAGACUCCAACCCCCUCCCUCUACCAGACUCCAACCCCCUCCCUCUACCAGACUCCAACCCCCUCCCUCUACCAGACUCCAACCCCCCUCCCUCUACCAGACUCCAACCCCCUCCCUCUACCAGACUCCAACCCCCUCCUCUACCAGACUAACCCCCUCCCUUACCAGACUCAACCCCUCCCUCUACCAGACUCCAACCCCCUCCCUCUACCAGAACUCCAACCCCCUCCCUUACCAGACUCCAACCCCCUCCCUCUACCAGAACUCAACCCCCUCCCUCUACCAGACUCUAACCCCCUCCCUCUACCAGACUCCAACCCCUCUCUCUACCAGACUCCAACCCCCUCCCUUACCAGACUCCAACCCCCCCCUCUACCAGACUCCAACCCCCUCCCUCUACCAGACUCCAACCCCCUCCCUCUACCAGACUCCAACCCCCUCCCUCUACCAGACUCCAAACCCCCUCCCUCUACCAGACUCCAACCCCCUCCCUCUACCAGACUCCAACCCCCUCCCUCUACCAGACUCCAACCCCCUCCCUCUACCAGACUCCAACCCCCUCCCUCUACCAGACUCCAACCCCCUCCUCUACCAGACUCCAACCCCCUCCCUCUACCAGACUCCAACCCCCUCCCUCUACCAGACUCCAACCCCCUCCCUCUACCAGACUCCAACCCCCCCCUCACCAGACUCCAACCCCCUCCCUCUACCAGACUUCCAACCCCUCCCUCUACCAGACUAACCCCCUCCCUCUACCAGACUCCAACCCCCUCCCUCUACCAGACUCCAACCCCCUCCUCUACCAGACUCUAA